UCUGUUAACGCUAUGGACACCCCCCACAACCUUUUGAAACAUCUAUGCUCUGGUAAAAUCUGACACCGUUUCAAGAAAAAUGGUCGCAGCCAUUACCAUUUCUUGCCCAAAAUCCAGAGUCCUACAGAAUCCAACCACUUUAAAAGACUCAAGUUCUAGUUUUCUUGGUGGGUCCUUGAAGGGUGUUCCUUUUCAGUUAAAACCCAGAAACAAGAGACCAGACAGCUUCAGCUUGGUGGUUGCUGCUGCAAGUAACACCACUACCACAACUAGCACUAGCAGCGGCGGCGGCGGCGGCGGCGGCAGGUUUUAUCUAAACUUUACUGGGUUUCCUUUCCCUCUUGGUCCUUUCCUUAAUAGGCGCACUAUAAGGACUGAGGCUGUGAAGAGUUGUAUAUGGCUAUUCGAACAAGAACAAGCAUUAGGCUUCAGCAGUGUAUCAACAAACAUUCGAAUGACAGUCAUCAAACUCAAAUCUGGAGGAUUAUGGGUCCACGCACCCAUUGCUCCAACAGAGGAGUGUAUUCAGCUUUUGAAGGAGUUGGGAGCUCCAGUCGAAUACAUUGUCCUGCCUACAUUUGCUUAUGAACAUAAAAUCUUUGUUGGCCCAUUUUCGAGAAAAUUUCCACGGGCCCAAAUAUGGGUGGCACCAAGGCAGUGGAGCUGGCCCCUGAAUUUGCCACUUGAGUUCUUUGGAAUUUUUCGUGCCAGAACCUUGAUGGAUGAGGAUAUGUCUACCCCUUGGGCUGAUGAGAUUGAACAAAAAGUCCUAAGCUCGCCCGAAGUUGGAAUUGGACCGUAUGUCGAGGUAGCUUUCUAUCACAAGCGUUCAAGAUCACUACUGGUAACAGAUGCUGUGAUUUUUGUACCAAGAAUGCCACCUGAAUGUAUUGGCAAAGAAUCCUUGCUAGCAUCAGCAAAGAAUGGCUUGGCUGUAAAAAUUCUUAGUAAAGGAAAGGAAGUCCCUCAGGAACCAGUUGUUGAUAACCAGAGGAGCCGGCAAAAAGGUUGGGAAAGAAUGGUCCUCCAGAUCUUGUUUCUUGGUCCUUCUAAUCUAUUGGAACCUAAUGCUAGCUUUGCUCAGAUGUCACAAAAGUUGAUUGUUUCACCCAUUGUGAAGACUUUGGUCUUCAGCAAAGUUCCCGAAAAGGUCAGGGAUUGGAUUGAUAGUAUUGUCCGAGACUGGAAAUUCAAGAGGAUAAUUCCUGCUCAUUUUGCUGCUCCGAUAAACGCAGGCAGGUCUGAAUUUUUAGCUGCAUUUGCAUUCCUAGAUGACCUCUUGGGAGAGCGUUAUGUUACUCGGCCUUCACUUUCUCUUCUGUUUACAUCAAUUAUGGGCAAGGCAGCCAGUUACUUCCCACCAGAUGACAUGAAGACCUUAUCAUCUCUUGAUCAGUUUUUAGUCUCAGUGGGAGCAGUGAAGAAGACUGUCUCAGGCAGGAAGAAAACUGCAUGAAACAUAAAUUUAGCCAGUCAGUUUCACCACCUUAAAUUCACUUACAUGUAAAUCAAGUUCUCAAUAAAUCAUCUGUCCUAGAAUCCUAAUAGAGUAAUAAAAUAUAUGGUUUUGAUGUCCCUAUUUGCAGAUGUUUUAAAUGAUACGAUAUUCAAAAGGUUCAAUUGUAUAAAUAGCCUUGUUGGGCGAGUACUUCGUUAUUAAAAGCAGAUUAUGCCGCCAUCAAACAGGUUCUAUUUGUUA